AUGGACAAGGUGAGGAUAGAAGAGGUUCAGUCCACCACCAAGAAGAACCGCAUAGCCACUCAUACCCACAUCAAAGGCCUUGGUCUUGAGGCCAAUGGAAGAGCAAUACCUUGGGCCGCUGGCUUUGUGGGUCAGGGGGAAGCGAGAGAAGCUGCUGGUCUUGUUGUUGAUAUGAUACGACAGAAGAAGAUGGCUGGUCGGGCACUUUUACUGGCUGGACCUCCUGGUACUGGAAAGACAGCGCUGGCUCUUGGAAUAUCCCAGGAGCUUGGGAGUAAGGUUCCAUUCUGCCCAAUGGUUGGAUCAGAAGUAUAUUCAUCAGAAGUAAAGAAAACUGAGGUUUUAAUGGAAAAUUUUAGACGGGCUAUUGGUCUGCGUAUCAAGGAAAAUAAAGAGGUCUAUGAAGGAGAGGUGACAGAACUCACACCAGAAGAAACAGAGAGUGUUACAGGUGGUUAUGGUAAAAGCAUCAGCCACGUCAUCAUUGGAUUAAAAACUGUUAAAGGAACCAAGCAACUGAAGUUGGAUCCCACCAUUUAUGAUGCAUUGAUUAAGGAAAAGGUAGCUGUUGGUGAUGUUAUAUACAUUGAAGCAAAUAGUGGAGCAGUAAAAAGAGUAGGUAGAAGUGAUGCUUUUGCUACAGAAUUUGAUCUGGAAGCAGAAGAGUAUGUUCCACUUCCAAAAGGAGAGGUUCACAAAAAGAAGGAGAUUGUGCAGGAUGUAACACUACAUGAUCUGGAUGCUGCAAAUGCGCGACCUCAAGGUGGGCAAGACAUAUUAUCUCUAAUGGGUCAGAUGAUGAAGCCAAGGAAAACUGAAAUUACUGACAAGUUGCGACAAGAAAUAAAUAAGGUUGUUAAUCGGUACAUCGAUGAAGGUGUAGCGGAGCUUGUACCUGGAGUUUUAUUCAUUGACGAGGUACAUAUGCUGGAUAUGGAGUGUUUUUCGUACUUGAAUCGUGCUUUGGAGAGCUCGUUAUCUCCAAUAGUAAUAUUUGCCACCAAUAGAGGAAUUUGCAAUGUAAGAGGGACUGAUAUGGCUAGUCCUCAUGGAAUACCUGUUGACUUGUUGGACCGGUUGGUAAUUAUCCGAACACAGACUUAUGAUCUUGAAGAGAUGAUAAAGAUCUUAGUGAUUCGUGCACAGGUGGAGGAAUUGGCUAUAGAUGACGACAGUUUGGCUUACCUUGGAGAGAUAGGACAACGAACAUCUUUAAGGCAUGCUGUUCAACUCUUGUCGCCUGCAAGCAUUGUGGCAAAAAUGAAUGGCAGAGACAAAAUCUGCAAGGCUGACCUAGAGGAAGUGGAUACCCUAUAUCUGGAUGCUAAGUCUUCAGCAAAGGUUCUUCAAGAGCAGCAGGAAAAAUACAUUUCAUGA